AUGAAAAGUCACUCGUGGAACAGGGACCGGUUGCGGUUCAAGGUGACCUAUGGCGAAGCCCCCUCUCACGAGGCCGAGGCCGUCAUCGUCGGGCUCAAGCCGGGGAAGGCGUACCAGUUCCUCGUCGCCUCGAUCUCGGCGGAAAGGAUGCUCGUUCCCGGCUCUUCCAUUGUCUCCGACCCGGUCCAACUGCCAGAGGCGGAGUACGAAAAGGCCUGGUUUUUCGAGGGUGGGGAGGACGACAUCAAGUGGGCCGCGUUUGAAGGGCUGGGGCCGGAGAACGUUGGGGCAGCUGGCGGGGGUGGCGCUGGUGCCGGGGGUGGCUCUACCGCCUUAGAUGAUAUCAGGUGUUCCCCGUCGCCCACUCGCUGCUUCACUGGUCUUCGCAGCCUCUGCCUUGUCGUGCCUGCCGGACUCGCGGGUGGGGCGUACGUGGACACGCCCGUGAAGGAAGGGUGGCUGUACGUGGUCAAGGCGAAGGUUUUCCACGAAGAGGAGGGAGGCGGGGUCGGGGACGGGGCCGGAGCAGAGGCCGAGGGUGCCGGGAGAAAGGGUUCGAGGUUGGCCAUGAUGACGGGCUGGACCGCAGGGAGAAAGGGGUCGAAGAGUAACGUCACGACGAGGCUGGUGCUGUGGGACAUGCGGGAUGGGAAAGAGAUGUCGGCACCGGCGGUGAAGACCGGGGAGUGGGAGGCGCUAGAAUGCCAGAUAGUCCCUUUCCGCAGCGAGCACCUGCGUGUCGCUAUCCAGAGCGGAGGAGAGGGCAGGGAAAGCAACAUCUACGUGGACGCGGUCGAACUCUUUCACGGAGGGCCCACACCGGCGGAGCGGGCGAUUUCCGCCGCCGUCGACUUGAUGGACGAACCAAGACCGAUGCCUUCAAAGGUGUUUGUUGGGAACGCCGAAGUUCACCGUACGAAGGUCAUCCCAAUGACCCUGUCGCCUGUCUGGGACGAAACGUUCUUUUUGUCGCCGGAAACGCCCGGCGGAGGAGACGCGAACGCUCCGGGUUUAAACGCCGACGGCGACGGCAUUCGGUUUGAGAUGUGGGACCACGAUCUGCACGGGCAAGGGGAUUACCUCGGCGAGGUUUGCUUGACCAGUGACGCCCUGAAGGUGGCGCCCCCACAUCGGGUCGAGCACGAAGCCGUCAAGGACCCCAUCCGAGGCGCGGGUGACAGUGGCGACCGCACUGCUACCGAAGUAGUAAUCCCUAAAUUGAAACCUGCUCGAACGAAGCGUGGUGGCCAUCGCGGCCGCGGCGGCAUGGGUGCCGUGCCCCCCCCGACAAUUCUAGCGCUGGCCAUUCAGGUGUCGUGGCCGAAAGAUCCGGAGAGUGCCGAGGGAAAGCUGGUGCGGAUCCUACAGGAUGAACAGGGCUUGCUGUCGGCCCGAGUGAAUGCGCUCAAGCGCAUUCUACCAACGUUGCUGCAGGAGCUGUCGAUGGCCGCUCUUCGAGCACCCCGUAAUAUCGAGGACGCCGCGAAGGCCAAGAUUCUGCUCCUGCGAUCCCGGGCAGCAGAGGCCGCUGUAUGGGUGCUGGCAGACCCGAACUUUCUUGAGGACGCCUGCCGCUUGCUGAUAGGUUUGGUGCAACUGGGGCACGACGCGGGGCAUUCGGAGGCUGGGUUCGGCUUGUGUCGAAGACUUCGACUCUUCGUGCUGCAGCUCUCGCCCGCUGUCGUGGCCGUCCGUUGUUUACGAGCGAGCGUCGGACCACCAGAGAUCCUGCUGGAGCUCCUUGCAAAGCUGUACGUGGGGCAGCAGGCCGCGCUGCACGAGGACGUGGUCAACAUCCGGGGGUUCUUUUACUCCCUCGUCCUCCACAUCGACACCUCCGCCCCCGCCCAGGCUCUCGUGCGAGAUAUCAGCGGCGGCGCGCGCGAGCUCCCCGACGGUCUCGUCGCGAUGUUCCGCAGGUACCGGACGCGCAUCCCUCCCCUGCCGGGGCUCUGGCGACCCACGAUGCUCCAGAAGCUCUCGGCGGAGGAGGCGCACCCCCCGGACUUGGAAGGGGACGAUCUCGAGGCGAACGAAGACGACCACGACCUCAACCCGGCCUCGCGUGGAGGGAACAGGGAGGAAGAGCCCUCCCUGCCGGACCGCAUCCGCGCACACCUUACCGUCGCCCUGAUGGCGGUGCCCCCGCUGUUCAAGGCGGUGGUCGGGGGCAGGCGCAUCGGCGCGCCCGGCUCUUGCGAGCAGCCCGUGGGGACGGUGCUCGUGCUGGACGGGCUCGUGCUCAUGUGCGCCGUCUUCGGCGGGGGCUGCUUCCGGAUCAACCGGCGCCGGUUCAGCGCCCUGGCCGGGACUUGGCUGUUCCCGACCCUCUUCUUGGCCUUCCUGCUGCACCUCGGGCUGGUGGCGGGGCUGCUGGUGUCGCUCGCCCGGGUGGACUCGGUCGAGGCCGGCAGUGGGCAGGGCGAGGACGACGGCAAGGGCGACAAGGUCGGUGCCGGCAGUCGCUGCUACCAGCGUGCUCGUUGUUCCCGACGAGAGGCCCGCUACGGACGCGAAGCCUGUGGCCAGCGUCGGCGGCGACAACGAUGCGGGCCAAGCAGUAUAAUAUAGCGCUCAUGUAUUUGCCCCCUCCUCUUUGCGUGAGCCUCCGACGCGGGGUCUGGCGGCUUGUCGUCCAAGGACCCACAGUUGGGGACGGCUGUGUCGCUUUCGAAGACAAAUUCACCUUGAAGUGGCGCAAACCCAGAUUGAGAAACUUGGUGCUAUUUUGCGUCUUCGUAUUUCGCUCCAGUAGCUUUUUCUGCCCGCAGGUUGUCGCCGUUUUACGGGCUAGGGUGAAAGGCGAUGUUGAAACGCGCCGUCGUGCAUCUAAGAGGAGCAAGCGCGCGCCCCUUAACUCGCAAUGCACCGCCAUUGCCGAGCGCGUGCAGAGAGCGGGCGCGACUGUUUGCUGCCAUGUCGUGGAAUGCACAUUGUGCUGCUAUGAAAAGCAUCUUCUGUCCAAUUUAUCAAUGUAGAAUGCUCGUUCACGAACGUUCUGUAGUCUUGAGACCAUUUUCCUUAGAUCACACCUGCUUCGCACACACACUGGAAUCUACCCCCACUUCUCUCCUUCCCUCGCAUUUCACCACUCAAAAUUUCUGGAGCUGUCACACAUCGCUUCCGACUUAGCCAAGUGCACAAUGGACGCACCCAAUGAACGCAUCACUUGUUCGCCCCUGCAUGCAACUCCCGAGGUUCUUGCCCCAACGUACACAACAAGGCUUGCAAAAGCUGAUACAUAGAUACAAUAGCUUUCCAGCCGAACAUUAACAAGGACUGGGCUUGCGCAUCUACUUGGAGACUGUUUUUUUGCUAUUCACAAAAAAAUAAUAUCAACACUUACAUUGUCCAUCCAACUCCAGCCCUUUCCGGUCGAAAGUUACUUGGUGACUCGCAGACCACACCAUCGGAGAAAAUAACAGCUUUUUUUGAGCUUCGUUGUACCGCUGCCUGUCGGCUGCACUCAGUAAUGGCCCCAUCUAACGCCUCCUCCUAGGGAGUCAGCCUUUUUCCCUCUCUCUGCCCCAAGGACAACGGAGAUCCCCCCCCCCCCCCCCUCUUCUUCUUGAUCGCUCCUAUUGUCUAUCCGCUUCACACAUCAAAACCUCCCCGGCAGCAAUGGGCGUUUUCUUCGCCCUCGACCGUGAAAACUUGCCCCGGACACGCAAAAAAUCUCUGCAGAGCCCUUAUCAGUGUCACAACAAGUACUGUCAUCCCGCCAAGUACCUCCAUAUACCGCCCAAAUAUAAUUCCCUUCUCCUAGUCCCCCGCGGCCCAUUCACCGUCAGCGGUUCCCCUAUUCGUCGCCACGCCGUCUCUCAAAUCAAACCCUAACGCAAACCCAACGCCGUGGCGUCAACGGUGGGGGAACAUACUCCUUCAGCCAAUCGUUUAGCGUUUAUUACAGUGCGUGUCCAGGUGGAUACCGACUACACGCAGCAAAAAUAGGCGGGCAACAAAGAGUCACACCCUCGAUUACGGCUUCGCCUGCUCACUUUCGUCACUUGCUGUGAUCAUCACGCAAGCAAUACACGCGCCUGUCUCUCACGCGCACCUUCCAACCAGGGCGCCUAAUUGCCCGCCGAUGGCUACGCUCCCUCUUUUGCCAUCCCUGCACAUCCCUAAACCAAAUACAUGCGCGAGACACACGGUGUAUCGUUGCCCCGAUUGGGACUCCCACCACGUUCUACUCCGGUCCGGUCCUCAAGUGCCCCAUACCUCCCCCCGCGUUGUCAGCGGCGGCGGCGGCAGCGCAUGUCGGAGAAAAGCGAAGCACGCCUGGGGUACAUACGACCUCUCUCCCGUUCGUGAUGCGCUGUAGUGUGCCACACACCCCAGGGCGGCUUUGCUGUCCCUCGGACACCCAGUAGGCUCUACAACCUCUUCGCUGCGUUCGGCGAUUUCUCUUUGGCCCUGGGGGGGGAAAACGAAAACUCGUCGCUUAUGGCAGCGGCUAGCCGCAGCUGCAGCUCUCUACGAUCGAUCGCUGGACCUGCGAACGAUACGCGAAU